GGUUGGACCAGUUCACUAUCUACCUAUCUCUGAAUUGUGUUGCGUUUUACUCUGCCAACCCGGCGAACUUGUGAACACAAGUACCAAGGAACAUGCGCAGCGUUACAAGUGCUCUCUGACGGAGGCCAAACUCUGAGGUGGAGGAGGCUGUAAAGAGGUCCAAGAGGAUCCUCUAUCCCGACCCUCCUUACGCCUAUCAACCAGACGGAUCAGGAAGCCAUGGCCCCUCGAAAGCGCGCCGCUGGCCGUGGCGGCCUCUCCUUCAUCUUCUGCUGUUUCAACGGCAGCGAUCACCCAGAAAUCACCUACCGGCUCCGGGAGGACUUUGCUCUGCAGGUCAUGGAACCAUCACUGCCCAUGCCAGCACAAGAGGAGCUGGAUAACAUGUUCGCAGAGCUGGUGGAUGAACUUGACCUUACAGAGAAACACAGGGAGGCCAUGUUCGCCUUACCUGCAGAGAAGAAAUGGCAGAUCUAUUGCAGCAAAAAGAAGGAACAGGAGGAAAACAAAAGUGCGACCAGUUGGCCAGAGUACUACAUCGAUCAGCUCAAUUCAAUGGCAGCUAGAACGACGCUCCUUGCUCUGGAGAAGGAGGAUGAGGAGGAAAGGAACAAAACCAUUGAGAGUUUGAAGACUGCUCUGAGGACACAACCUAUGAGGUUUGUGACACGCUUCAUCGACCUGGAUGGCCUGACGUGUAUCCUGAACUUCCUGAAGAGUAUGGACUACGAGACCACGGAGUCACAGAUACACACGUCUCUGAUUGGCUGCAUCAAGGCCCUGAUGAACAACUCCCAGGGCCGCGCUCACGUCCUCUCCCACUCAGAGAGCAUCAACAUUAUUGCCCAGAGUCUGGCCACGGAAAACGUCAAGACAAAGGUGGCGGUGCUGGAAAUUAUGGGUGCGGUGUGUCUGGUGCCCGGUGGACACAAAAAGAUCUUGGAGGCGAUGCUGCACUACCAGCGCUUCGCCUGCGAAAGGACACGCUUCCAGACGCUUUUAAAUGACUUGGACAGGAGCACGGGUCGAUACAGAGACGAGGUCAGCCUGAAGACAGCCAUCAUGUCUUUCAUCAACGCUGUGCUGAGUCAAGGCGCUGGAGAGACCAGUUUGGAAUUCCGCAUCCACCUCCGGUACGAGUUUCUGAUGCUGGGAAUCCAGCCUGUGAUUGAUAAGCUACGUUCUCAUGAGAACUCGACGUUAGACAGGCAUUUAGACUAUUUUGAAAUGCUGCGGAAUGAGGAUGAGCUGACUUUGUCGAGACGAUUUGAGUCGGUACAUAUAGACACCAAAAGUGCCACUCAAGUUUUUGACCUCAUCCGCAAGAGGAUAAACCACACUGAUGCACACCCGCACUUUAUGUCUGUGCUGCACCACUGUCUUCUCAUGCCACAUAAGAGAAGUGGGAACACUGUGCAGUACUGGCUGCUGUUGGACCGAAUCGUCCAACAGAUGGUCUUGCAGAAUGACAAAGGUCACGACCCCGACGUCACACCACUGGAGAACUUUAACGUGAAGAACGUUGUCCGGAUGCUUGUCAAUGAAAAUGAGGUCAAACAAUGGAAAGAGCAGGCCGAGAAAAUGAGAAAAGAGCACCAUGAACUGCAGCAGAGGUUCGAGAAGAAGGAGCGUGAAUGUGACGCCAAGACUCAGGAGAAGGAGGACAUGAUGCAGACACUGAACAAGAUGAAAGAGAAGCUGGAGAAGGAGAGCACCGAACACAAGAACGUGAAACAACAAGUAGCCGAACUCACUGCGCGACUGCACGAGCUCAGCACUAGACAGGUUGUGCCUGGUGGACCCCCGCUCGCCCCUGGUCCCCCAGGGGGUCCCAUGCCUUCCCUUGCUCCUGCAGCAUUUGGGGGUAUGGUGCCUCCCCCGCCACCCCCUCCCGGGGGCAUGAUGCCGCCGCCGCCUCCCCCUCCCCCACCCCCUGGUGGCCCCCCACCUCCUCCCGGGCGCCCACCGAUUGGAGGGGCUCCUCCACCCCCAGGAGCUCCCUUGGGACCGGCCAUGAAAAAGAAGAACAUUCCCCAACCAUCCAAUCCCCUCAAGUCAUUCAACUGGUCCAAACUGGCUGAGAAUAAGCUGGACGGGACUGUUUGGAUGGAUGUGGAUGACAGUAAGGUCUUCAAAAUCCUGGAUCUAGAAGACAUAGAGAAGACCUUCUCAGCCUACCAAAGACAGCAGGACUUCUUUAUGGUCAAUAACAGCAAACAGAAAGAGACAGACGAUGACUCGCUGAGCUCCAAAAAAGUGAAGGAGCUUUCUGUCAUCGAUGGCCGUCGAGCUCAAAACUGCAACAUCCUUCUGUCGCGGCUGAAGCUUUCAAAUGAGGAGAUGAAGAGAGCCAUCCUUACCAUGGAUGAACAGGAAGACCUACCCAAAGAUAUGCUCGAGCAGAUGCUCAAGUUUGUCCCAGAGAAGAGCGAUGUAGAUCUCCUGGAAGAGCACAAACACGAGCUGGACCGAAUGGCGAAAGCUGACCGCUUCCUCUAUGAGAUGAGCAGAAUAAACCACUACCAGCAGAGGCUCCAGUCGCUUUACUUCAAGAAAAAGUUUGCAGAGAGGAUAGCCGAGAUCAAACCCAAAGUUGAAGCUCUGACCAAAGCCUCUAAGGAGGUCUUGCACAGUAAGAACCUGAAGCAGCUGUUGGAGGUGGUGCUAGCCUUUGGAAACUACAUGAACAAGGGUCAGAGAGGCAACGCAUAUGGCUUCAAGGUGUCCUCACUCAACAAGAUCGCUGAUACCAAAUCCAGCAUUGACAAGAACAUCACACUCCUGCACUACCUAAUCACCAUAUUGGAGAAGAAGUACCCCAAAGUCGUGAAGUUCCAGGACGAUAUACAGUCUGUUCCAGAGGCUGCCAAAGUCAACAUGACUGAACUGGAGAAGGACAUCAGUAACCUGCGUAGCGGCUUGAAAAGCGUCGAGAGCGAACUAGAAUUUCAGAAGAAGCGACCACAGGAGGUGGGUGACAAGUUUGUGUCGGUGGUGAGCCAGUUCAUCACUGUGGCCAGCUUCAGCUUCUCUGACGUGGAGGACUCGCUCACUGAGGCCAAAGAACUGUUCCUGAGGACGGUAAAGCACUUUGGUGAGGAUGCCAGCAAGAUGCAGCCAGAUGAGUUCUUUGGCAUCUUUGACCAGUUCCUCCAAUCAUUUAGCGAGGCGCAGCAGGAGAAUGAAAACAUGCGGAAACGAAAGGAAGAGGAGGAACGCAGGGCCAGAAUGGAGGCUCAGCUGAAAGAACAGAGGGAGAAAGAGCGGAAGGCACGGAAAGCCAAGGCCAACGGCGAGGACGACGGCGGCGAAUUUGACGACCUGGUGUCGGCGCUGCGGUCCGGCGAGGUCUUCGACAAGGACCUGUCCAAAAUGAAACGCAACCGCAAGCGCAUCAACAGCCAGGCCACAGACUCGGGCAGGGAACGACCAGUCACCAAGCUCAACUUCUAAGUGGGGUCGAGAUCCCUUAACCCGUCACGUCAACUCGCGCAAUGCUCAACACUAUAAUCAGACUCCUCAGAUCAGAUUCGAGGCUUCCUGGGUCAGACUGAUACACACAUUCCUUAAUGCUCUCUCUGCUCCAUCUACAUCCACCUCAGCUUACAUAAACCAUGGUGUUGUCCCACAGCUGCAAAACCUCUGAAAAUGCAUUUUGGACCUUUCAUCGCCUGACUUUCUUACGUUUAAUGGAGCAGAAGCCAAAAGAUUUUAUGACCUAUAGGAUAACUGCAGCUGCGAGAAGUGGAGAAUCUAGCUUGAGCUUGACCGGUGACUCAAAUUUUUCAGUGAAAUCCUUGCACGAGAGCAGAAUGUUGUUCCGUUUGGAUAUGUGUCAACCUACAUCCAUGUAGGGCGAACGCUGGACAGAGUUUUCGUUCAGGUCUCUUUGCAAUGAUAGGAGCCAUUCUGCUUUGUUUUUUCUACAGAGGAAUCACACGCACAGAAUGAAAUGUGCAGCUAGAAGACUCCCUCCACGAUUGAUGCUCGAUCCAGAUGGAGAGAUAAUUCCAUUAAAAAAAAAAAAAAAAAACCUCAAGGGGCCA